UUUCAAGAAAAAGCGUUUUUGUUUUCCACCCCCUCCCCUCCUUUUUUUUUUCCCUCUCUUCUUCUGCAACUCAAUAAUCGAGGCAUUAUUAAUCGCUCUGUUUUGAAGAAGAUCACGAUUCACACGCUUAUUCCCAUUCAAUGCAUCCACUUUUAUCCCAAGCUUGCAUGUAAGAAAGAAAAAAAAAGAACAUAUCCGAUUAACCAUAUAGGCAUAUCCGGCUAAUUCCAUUUUAGCGCAUCUUUGAUCUCUCUCCGUACCCCGUGUUUAAACGCUGCCGUUUCUUCUCGUUUCCCCGCUAUUCUUUCUUCUUUGGAAAAAAAAAAGCGACUCAUACUUUUUUUUUCUCUCGCUGCGUGGUACUGCACUACUGUUGACUUGACUCGUUGAUCUGCCACGACUUGACUCGCUCCCCUCUUCUGCGUCGAAUCGAACGGCUCCACUGAAACACUGUCGUUUUAGACGUCGAUCUCGGUUUCGGGAUAAUCAUGAGUGAAGCACCUCUUCUCCAAAUCGAACCCAAGGAACUCGAAUUUAUUUUUGAGUUGAAGAAGCAAAGUUCAUGCUCGGUUCAAUUGACUAAUAACACCGACCACUAUGUAGCGUUCAAGGUGAAGACGACGUCGCCUAAGAAAUAUUCAGUGCGUCCAAAUGUUGGAGUUCUCGCGCCGAAAGCUACUUGUGAAUUCAUAGUUACAAUGCAAGCCCAAAGGGAAGCACCUGAAGAUAUGGUGUGCAAGGACAAGUUCUUAAUCCAGAGCACAAAGGUUCAUGCUGAAACAACCAGUGAAGAUGUUACUUCUAGCUUGUUUGUUAAAGAUGGAAGUAAAUAUAUAGAAGAAAAUAAGCUGAAGGUAACCCUGAUCAGCCCACCCAAUUCACCAGAUCUCUCUCCUAUUAAUGGAGACUUCAAGAAUGGGCUUGACCAUGAAAAAGUUCAGAUAUAUAGUAAAGAUGAAAUCCAAUCCCCGGAGCCCAUGAUCAGAGGACACUUCACUAAUGUUCUAAAAAAUCCAGACAUGGUUCAUGAGGUAUUAGAGCUAGAAGAGGAUAUGGAGUUGAGGCAGGAGUAUUAUAUGGGGCACACUAUGAAGCAUGUAGGGGAUCCAAAAGAAGAAGCAGGGUUGAAAGUGUCAAAAAAUGAGUUGAAUAUGCUAAAGGAUGUAGAAGAAUUGAAACCACAAAAAAAGUUAGAGGUAGAAGUGUCAGAAGAUCUGGAUUUGAACAAAGUAAAGAAUGCAGAGGAGUGGAAACCAGAGAAAGCAGCAGAGUUGAAAGUGUCAAAAGUUCUGGAUUUGAACAAAGUAAAGAAUGCAGAGGAGCUGAAACCAGAGAAAGCAGCAGAGUUGAAAGUGUCAAAAGUUCUGGAUUUGAACAAAGUAAAGAAUGCAGAGGAGCUGAAACCAGAGAAAGCAGCAGAGCUGAAAGUGUCAAAAGUUCUGGAUUUGAACAAAGUAAAGAAUAUAGAGGAGCAGAAACCAGAGAAAGCAGCAGACUUGAAUAUGUCAAAAGUUCUGGAUUUGAACCCAGUAGAUGAUGUAAAGGAACUGAAGCCAGAAACAGAAACAGUGUUAAAAAUGUCAAAAGAUCUGGAGUUGAAAAUAGUAAAGAGUGUUGAGGAACUGAAGCCAGAAAAAGAAACAGAGUUAAAAAUCUCAAAAGAUAUGGAGUUGGAAACUGUAAAGAAUGUUGAGGAACUGAAGCCAGAAAAUGAAACAGAGUUAAAAAUGUCAAAAGAUUGGGAGUGGAGAACAGUAAAGAAUGUUGAGGAACUGAAGCCAGAAAAAGAAGCUGAGUUGAUAGUUUCAAAAAGUAUAGAGGAGGUGAAAUUAUUAAAAGCUAUUGAAGAGAUGAAAUUAAAGCUAGAUGGACUUGAGUCAAAACUAAAUGAGUCUGGAGUAACAAUAUCUAAGUUAACAGAGGAGAGGAUGCUCAGCAACCAAGAGACAAAAAUCUUGCAAGAAAAACUAGCAGAUCUUAUUAAUAAAGGUCCAAGAAAAGUUCAAGUCGGCUUCCCACUUCUAUAUGUCUGUAUGGUGGCACUUAUCUGUGUCUUCUUGGGAUACCGUUUGCACUCUUGAUACCUGGCCAAUCAAUCAUCUGCAGGAAGCUACUGACAUUUUGAAUUUCCUCGAAUUUGUUAAUAGCAAAAGUUUAGGCAUAAAUCCACUUUAUAUCUAUGAAUGUAAUAGUAGGGGAUCUGUACACUUGAGGGUCAGUGAUAUUCGAUUUAAUCUGUCUAGUCCAUAAUCAUGUAAGUCUCCUGAUUUGUAUAUGCAAAAAUUACCCACGUGCACAAGCAAAAGUUGUGUACACAUACUUUAGACUGUUCUUCACUUCUCUGAUCUCUAUUCUCUCGAUGUUGAUCGGUGUUUCUCUGUGGGGUGGCAUGAGUGACUACCAGCCGUGAUAUAGCAUGUAGUUUAAAUGUUGAAAAAGGUAUUCAUGAUUACUUUAUGUUAAAGUGGAAUACUUUGAUUCUGU